UGAGAACGAGGCGCUGUGGUGGGAGGUGGCCGGCCUGCGGCAGAAGCACGCGCAGCAGCAGAAAGUCGUCAACAAGCUGAUCCAGUUCCUGAUCUCCCUGGUUCAAUCCAACCGGAUCCUGGGCGUCAAGAGGAAAAUCCCCCUGAUGCUGAACGACGGCGGCGCCGCCCAUUCCAUGCCCAAGUACAGCCGGCCGUACUCGCUGGAGCACCACGGCAACGCCGCGUACUCCGCCCCGGCCCCGGCGCUGUCGGGCCCCGCGCUGCUGGCGGCCGAUCCCGGCCCCAAUUCCGGCCCCAUCAUCUCGGACGUGACCGAGCUGCCCCCGUCCAGCCCCGAGGCCUCCCCGGGAGGGAGCCUGGACGGAAGGAGCAGCCCGGCGAUCCGGAUCAAGGAGGAGCCUCCCAGCCCCACGGGGAGCCCGCAGGUGGAGGAGCCCAAGAGCGCCGGGAAUUCCGGGAAUUCCGGGAAUUCCGAGACCCCCCUGUCCCCCUCCACCUUCAUCGACUCCAUCCUGCGGAAAAACGACUCACGGGCCGCUCCGGGAAUCCCCAAUCCCAGGAAAAGUGCCUGA